AUACCUAUAUGAAUUUUUGUUCAAUAUUUUUCAUUUCAAUGCACUUUUGGGUACCAUUGAUAAAAAGUACAACAAAAGUCUACACUUCCUCACCAUAGCAACGCUAAUCUACACAAUUCCGUCAUAACGAACCUAAACCGACUUUUUUUUGGACUGACACUUGUCCGUGCCACUGGUUGUAGAAAAACUAGUGACGCAGCUAUAACUACCCCUGUAUUUGGGUUUAAAGUUUUUUUUUUUUUUUAAUUUAAAUUUCUUUUGCGUUUCGAUGUCAGUAGGUAGUUGUUGGUCACGUUUAACAUAGUUCGUUCAUGGUAAAUAAUUAGUUAGUUUUUAUACCCGGCCAUAUUAUGUACAUAAUAAUGUAUAUCAACUAAUUACAAAUGAAUUAAAAAACAGUGUCGGUCUGAAAUUGGUGAACCGUGAAAAAUAGCUGAGAGAGUAUGCCAACUUCACAAAAUACUAUCUUUUGCGUUAGUUAUGAUAGUAGUUUGUUAUUUGUUUGUGGACCAUAAUUUAUUUAGUUUUUUUUAAGAGUUUUUUUCAUUACAACUAAGAAAGUAAACGAAAUAAUAAACACAAAAUAAAUAUACACGAACAAUGAUCCAUUGCCUCAGUAACAAGUUUGGAUGAUUGUAAAAAAAAAUGUGUUUUGAUUAAUACCCCUAUCAUUGUUCCUGCCAACUAUAAUGCAAUUAUAACAACCAAAGUUAUGUUGUUACGGCAUAUGCAGCAUAAUUCAAUUACUUGCGGCAGCCAAAUGUGAACAUAAAAUCAAUAUAUGCAAUCUAUCCGUUCUUUAUAACUACACGACAAAAAAAAAAAACAAUAUUUUGGAUAACCUGCAAAAAAAAUGCAAAUAAACAUUUGUUGGAACCCACAAAGAGCUAUAAUAUGGCUCCUAAUCAGUAUGAUUCUACACACAUCAACAGCUGGGCCAGGAAAAAAGACCCCGGCAAAACUAAAAACCACAACGACAAGUACAACGACUGAACCAUCUUCUACAACACCAUUGAGUAGUACAGUUCCAGCAAUUCCACUAAUUUGCGUAGAAGGCAUAAGGUCUGGCAUUGAAGACGAGAAUAAGUCUCAAUCUGGUGAAAGUUUUGUGCAAGUAAUCGAAGGGGAUGCAAUGUUAUCGGUGAUGACUAGAGACCCAAUUACAGCGAUAUUCGUUUUAAAUCGUAUUAAUCAGGCGAAUCUGAUUGGUGCCGAUUUUGAAAUUGGAAUUCGAGCAAUUGAAAUCAAAGAUUCUGAGCUGGCGGAAAAUAUUCUCCUCCAAGAAGUGCAAUACCUCCAACAAUGUGUGGAUCAUUCAAUAGGGCUCUUUAUAGACGUUGACAUUUAUAACAUUUUGGAACAUGUCAUCGACGAUUUAGAGUAUUAUAUUUGGCCAAUUCCAUCAGCAAGGGGAUUGGUUUUUCCGAAAGUAGCUCAUCUAUUGUAUCAAAUGCCUUGGGGAGAGAAGAUUGCUUCGGUAGAAAUUCUGGCUGAGAAUUUGAAUGUUUACAACGACUUUAUGGAUGCAGCGCGGAAAGAACAUCUCUGCUUGAUGCACUUUCGAAGUUCUGACAACAUUUACAUUGUCUUUGGCAAUAAAAUGAUAACUAACUUUCAUGAAAACGGAACAAUUUUUGUUAUCCCAAAUGGACGAACUACUAAAUCUUUCAUUGCAGGACUCCCUAACAAAUCUUACCUCCUCAUGGAAUCAGAGAUCGAUUUGAGAGUGAUAGAUGAAAACUCAACUCAGAUUACAAUAGAAGAGAAUCUCAUUGGGCAGAGUAUUAUUCCGUCAAAUUUACUUGCAUUUGCUGGUCCUAUUCUAGAUCUGACACGCUGGAUCAACGACUCUCUUGUUAAGAAUUGUAAAAAUGAUCAUGGAGCUUAUCUUUUAGAGACUUGCCCAGAUUUCUUGACAUUCGUCGAAGAUUGGGAUACUGAAAAGCACGUCUACGAUUCUAUGAAAGUUCUUGAACAAUUAAAACUUAAUCGAUUAGGUCAUAUGAUGAAUUUCGAAAUGUUUCAGAAAACUGAGACCAAAGCUAAUAUAACGAAUGAGAAAAUAACUGAUCUUCGCGAAAUAGCUUCACAAAACUUCAUUACAAAUGUCACCACGUAUUACCAUUACAACAAUGGGAAUGAUACGAGACACGAGAUGAAGUCUAAAUUCGGCCAGGUCUUUAACUGUCAAUAUGUUGAUGGAAACAACAAGCGUUAUCCAUUCCUUUUCGAUGGGGAAUCAGUGAUGUUUUGGAGGAUUAAACCAGAUCCUUGGAUUGCUGCUGGAAUGACAGCUGCAGCGCUAGGAGUGCUGAUUAGUUUGGCGAUAUUGGUUUUUAUAAUCACUCGCAUUUCAUUGGGUGACGUUUUUGAAGGCAAUCCCGUAACAUCGAUACUGCUCCUGCUAUCUCUGGUCCUACUCUUCAGCUCCUAUGUUCCUUUUUCAAUGGAAUAUGCAUCUGAUCACCGAAAUUCUCAUGUGACUUUUGAAGAUGCAUCGACCUUGAACACUCUAUGUGCAAUUAGAGUGUUUAUUCUGACGCUGAGUUAUUGCAUGACUUUCUCAUUGUUACUUUGUCGAGCUCUUAUGCUUGCUUCUAUUGGUUCCGAAGGAGGUUUCUUAUCCCAUGUAAAUGGUUAUAUUCAGGGAGUGAUUUGUAUUUUUAGUACAUUAGUUCAAGUGGGAAUGUCAACACAGCUGAUAAUUGUGAUGCAUAUUGCAAACGAGAGUGUUUCGUGUGAGAACAUGUAUUACGGGAAUUGGCUUUGGGCCCUCCUCGCUUAUGACUUCAUAUUAUUGGUCUUCCUCGUUUGCAUGAUACCGUUUGUCUACCGGUCACAAAGGAAUUAUCGCGAAGGGAUUCUUCUAGUUAUCGGAGCUAUUUUAAUCUUUAUUAUCUGGUGCACAUGGAUAACCAUGAGCUUCUUCGGAGAUGAAUGGAGAGAUGCUGCUUUAGCAAUGGGACUUCAAGCCACAGGAUGGGCGAUUCUGACAGGAAUCAUGAUUCCAAGAACUUUCCUAAUUGUGCGGGGGAUCGAGCGAUCCGAUAUAGCACAGGCACUUCCUUCUUUAACAUCAUUAGCUUUUGCACAGAACAACCAGUACUCAUCUGAACAGAGUGUUUAUGAAUGUGUGAACCCUGCCAUGAGAAACUGCUCAUCUCGUGAGGAUGGUAUGUGCGAAGUCGGUCAUAUGCGUCAAUCUCAGAGUGAUAUACCAACACUUCCACUACGUGGUGGGGUCGCACGACGACAACAGUUCUUCAAUAAUAUUCGACAGCAAAACCAACAAAAUCAAAGAGGCGCUCCACCACCUCGCCGUCCAAUCAGUCCCACAGCCAGUUCACAGCAGUCAUCUUUGCCACCGUCACCAGAAAACAAUAAGAUAACUCGAUUCUAGGAUUUUUAGUUAAUAAGAAAUAUUUGUUUUCUUUAAUUGUCUUAAUCUUCCUGUCAAGAUUUUCUUUUUUACUUUAAGAUUAGGAGCCCCCGCACACUAAAAACUUUCUAUCGGCCGACAGUUAAGUCGGUCUCUUAAUCAGUAUGAAAAUGUAUGAAAGUGCGCAAACUACAACGAUUAAGUAACGGCCGAUCAAAAAGUUUGUUUGAUCGAAAAAAUAGUUUGUUUUGCUACACAAUUGCCUUCAAACUAGCCGACUAUUUAGUCGCCUGCCUGUGCGCACAUUAUUAGCCCAACUCGAAUAAACUAUCGGUCGAUAAUAAGUCUGUAGUGUGCGUGGUCUCUAAAAGCUAUUACU